AUGAACGAUAGCCGAGCAGGUGCGAUCUCCGACUGGAUCCUUGACAGCGGCGCCAGCCGCCACAUCGUGAGCGACGAUCGCUUACUCAUCGACAGCAAGCAGUACAACGAUAAGAUCUCUCUUGCUGACAACAAGAAGCUCGUGCUCACGAAGGUCGGACGGGCGCGCCUGUUUGUGACAGCGCGCGGCAAGCAGCGUCAUAUCGAGCUGUCGGACGUUUACUACGCGCCAAGUCUUGCGCUCAAUCCCAUCAGCUACGGGAAGCUCGAGCAGCUUGAGUACGCACUCGAUGGGCGUGAAGUCGUACGGCGAUCGGAUGGACACGUCGCGUUUAAAGUUACGAUGCGCAAUAGUGUUCUGGUCGUCGAGACGUCCAGCGCGAUCAAGACAGCAGAAGUGAUCUUUGCUGCCCUUGAGGAGAAGGCGACGGCAGAUGUGUCGCCCGAUGUGCAAGAAGCGACACUCGUGAAUUUCCAUCAGAGGUUCGGGCAUAUGUCGUAUGACACGAUCGAGAAGAUCGCAAAAAACCCGGGCAGUGGGCUUCGCAUCACGGAUUACAGACGUUUGACGUGCAUCAUGUGUGCUCAGAGCAAACAGACGAAGAACAGCCAAAGAAAGAAGAUCACCGGCGCGCAAUCUCCAAUUGAUCGUGUCGGAGGAGUGAUAUGCUGCAAUCUCAAAGGGCCAUUGACACCGGCUAAUCGUUUGCGGAAUCGGUAUCUUGUUAAUUUGGUCGAUCAUAAAAGUGUCCUACUGCCGCAUCUUCCUGGCUAA